CUCGUCCGACGAGCCUCCCGACCAUGCCGAGCGCACGCAAGAACAUCAGCUCAGCCUACGUGCAGGUGCUUGGCUCCGGGUCGUGGGACCUCCCGGCGGGACUGCUGCUCUUUUGCGACGGCGCACAGGCCUCGGUCGUGCUCUGCAACAUCGGCGAGGGCUCGCAGCGCUUCUGCGGCGAGCACCGGCUCAAGGUCGCCUCUCGCCUCCGCGACGUGCUGCUCACCCGGCUGACCUGGGAGACGAUGGGCGGCCUGCCCGGAAUGCUCUUUACGCUGCAAGACGCGGGGCGCGGCGGCGCUGCUGCCGUGCAUGGGCCUGCAGGCCUCGGCAGCCUGGUCCGAUCCUUCCGGCACUUCAUGGGUGCCGGGCCGCUGCCGCGGCGAGUGUGCGAGGUGGUGGACGGGUCCGUCGCCGCGCUCGCCGAGAGCGGCAUCGAGGCGACUCCCAUCGUCCUCGGCGCAUCGACGUCAGUACUCGGAGCCGCCGCCGCCGCCGCCGCUCCCGCCGCCUCUGCCGCCUCUGCCGCCUCUGCCGCCUCCGCCGCUCCUAUCGCCGCCGCCACCACCACUUCCGCCGCCGCCGGCAUCGCCAGCACCGCCGCCGAGGGCGUGGGUCAGAAGCGGCCUCGCGAGGAAGAGGGCGGCGGUGUGCGCAAUGGUGUCGGAGUCGGCGGCUGCGGCGGCGGGAGCGGCGGCGGCGGCGGGAGCAGCGGCGGCGGCGGGAGCGGCGGCGGCGGCACUCAGCCGCCCGAGUCAGUGCUCGGGGAGUUGGGUGACCUGAGCAGAGAGCCGGUCUGCGUCUGCUGGCUCCUUCGCAUGCCGGCCGUCCCGCCAAAGUUCGACGCGGCCGCAGCAAAGGCGCUUGGCGUGCCCAGCGGUCCGCUGCGAGGGAAGCUGUGCGCAGGGCAGUGCGUGGCGCUAGCCGACGGCUCCGAGGUGAGGCCAGAGCAGGUGCUGCGGGGCGGUUCCGCCGGCGAGGAGCUGCUGCUCGUCGACGUCGCCUCCCCCUCGCAGCUCUGCGAGUUGCGCCGCCAUCCUCUCCUCUCCGCAGACCGCCUCGCCGCCCUCUCCGCCGUCGUCCACCUCACGCCCGCCGCGGUCGCCGCCACGGCAGCGUACCGCGCCUUUUGCGGCGCGCUGCCCGCGGCGGCGCGGCAACUGCUACUGCACGGCUCCCCGCCGCCGCGGCGGUUCGCCUUUGUCGCUUCGGCGAGGCUGCAGCUGAAGCUGGGCGCCCUCAACUCGGAGGUCUUCCCGCCGCCGCGAGGGCUCGCCUGCGACGGCGGGGACGGCGGCGAGCGGUCGGAGCUGCGCAGAGAGAGCGGCGGCGCCGACUUGCACGAGGGGGAGACGCCGACCCUCUCCUCCGUCAGCUGGCGAGCGGGUGUGCACCGCGAGGAGGAGGCGCGGCUGCAGCGGUGGGUCACCUCCGCCGGGUGCCAGGUCUCCCUCUCCCCCGCCGAGCUCCGCUCCGAGGUCGGCGCCCUCGAGGCGCUGCGCUCUCAGCUGCGCGCGCUGCCGCCGCCGCUGCUCGAGCCGCAAGGCCUGGUGCGGCUGCUCGAGCUGCGGUCCGCACGCCCCGGCGCGGCGCCUUUGCUGGCCGCCGCGCGGCUUCACUCCCCGGUUGAGUUCCGCUUUGUGCACUGCGGCGCGGCCGGCGCCGACGCGGCGGUCUGUGCGGCGAUCCGGCGGCUGGGGUGCAGCUGGCUCGCGUCGACGCGCGUGGAUCACUGCGCGGACUCGUGGGGCGUCGCGCUGCAGCACUCGGAGGGGUGGGGUCUCGUCUACUCUGGCGACACGCGGCCGCUCGUGCAGCUCGGCAAGACGCUGCUGCCGGGCUGCCGGAUCCUCGCGACCUUCGACGACACCGAGGGCAUGGCGGCCGAAGCGGAGGCGCGUCGCCACUCGACUGUCGGCGAGGCGCUCGACGUCGGCGCGCGGAUGGGCGCGUGGCGCGUGCUGCUCACGCACUUUUCGCAGCGCUACCCAAAGCUGACCGACGUGGGCGGAGGCUUGCCCGCCGCCGGAGCCAUCCUCGCCUUCGACCUGAUGAGCGUCCCCUUCCGGCUUCUCCCCGCCUUGCCCCGCCUCACGCCCGCGCUGCUCUGCCUCUUUGCCGACGAGCUCGCCUCUGCGGGCGACGCCACCGACGCGACGGUGGGCGCGUCCGUGGACAGGGAGGUGGACGCGCCUGUCGCCGCCGGUGACAGCGGAGCACCACCCUCUACCGUCUGA